ACCGAUUCGAAUGAUGAGCCCUUCUUCAUCUUCUUCUUCGUCAUGUUCAAGCGCCUCAACUUCUUCCGCGCAUGAUUUUCUGCAAUUUUGUGCUUAGAGUUCAUCUUGGCAGGCAUGGCGGAUGAUGAAGCUUGGAGCUCCUAGGCACGCCAAACACCUUCUUCGUGAUCACCCUCGCCAAGGUAUAUCUGAGCAGAAGAUUGAUUUUUUUUUCCUUCAAUAAUUUGGGUUUUUUUAAUAGUGAUUCAGUGUGAAAACUCGAAGUAUGCCACCAGAAUGUGAGAAAUGGGGAUGGAAGCAUGUAAGUGUGUUUGGUGGGUUUGACAAGGGAAGUGGUACUAAAAGGUGGAAAUGCAAUCACUGUAAUCUACGAUACAAUGGUUCCUAUUCACGAGUUAGAGCACAUUUGCUUGGAUUUACAGGUGUUGGUGUCAAAAGUUGUCCAGCAAUAGAUAGGUCCUUAAGAGAGGCAUUUCAAAUUUUAGAGGAAGAGCGCAUUGCUCGUAAGAAGAAGAGAGUUUCUGGGGGCGAUAAGCCCGCUGGGAAGCAGCGCAUUAAGACAUCUCGGCGACCAAGUAGUAGUAGUAGUAGUACCUGUGUUGGGAAGGAAGAUGUUGAUGACAUAGUGGCAAGAUUUAUUUAUGCCACUGGCUUAAAUGUCAAUGUUGUUAAUUCUCCUUACUUUAGGGAAAUGGCACAAGCCAUUGGAGCUAAUGGCCCCGGUUAUGAACCUCCGCCAAUAGAUGAGUUAUCUGAUUCUUUUCUAAGUAAAGAGAAGGGGAGAAUUGAAAAACAUGUAGCACUAAUUAGGGAGUCUUGGCCUCACACUGGAUGCACCAUUCUGUGUGUUGGUCGCUAUGAAAGUAUGCUUGGUUGUUUUUAUGUUAAUAUAUUUGUCUCUUGUCCAAGGGGACUUGUGUUCAUGAAAGCAGUGGAUAUAGAUGAUGACACUAUUGGGGCAGGGGAAGAUAAUCAUUUUGUGAGUGUUCUUGGUGAUGUAAUCAUGGAAGUUGGGGCUGCAAAUGUGCUUCAGAUAAUGUCACAUCUAGAAAAUUCUACUCAGUUAUUUGGCUCUCUUAUAUUGACAAAGUUUCCUCAAGUGUUUUUGUCUCCAUGCACAUCUCAGUCUAUUCAUAUGUUGUUUGAAGAAAUAGCCGAAUUGGAUUGGAUAAAAUCUGUUGUAUUAUGUGCCAAAGAAAUAGAGCAAUGCAUGCUUACGUAUCAGCACUUUUCUCCAUCCAUGUUUCCUCAAAAUCUAAAAGGGUGUCCUGACCCGCUUGCUUUCAAGUUUACACCUUUCUUUUGUAUUGUCCAAAGGAUUUUUGAGCUAAAGCAACCACUUCUAGAGGCAGUCGUCAGUGAGGAGUGGAAACAGUGGAAACUAAAUACGUCGGAGGAAAUUGUAAAUAUUGAAGCUGCAAUUUUAGGGGAUAAUUUCUGGAGUAGUGCUCAUUUGUUGUUGCAAUUAUUUGAACCAUUCAUCAGAUUACUGUGCACACUUGAUAUUGAUAGACUCGUCUUGGGUGAUAUUUGUAAUUGGCGGGUUCAGGCUCUUGAAGCUGUUAGGAGUAAGGGAAUUGGUGGUGUCAUGUUAAAUCAAUUGGAAGAACUUCUAGAGAAUAGAUGGGAUGCAUUGUUUUCUCCACUUCAUGCAGCUGGGUACAUAUUGAAUCCUAGAUAUUUUGGAAAAGGUCAAGCUAAGGAUAAAAUUGUUAUGCGGGGUUGGAAAGCUACUGUGGAAAGAUACGAGAGUGAUAGUGCAAACAGGCAAAUUCUCAGAGAGCAACUCAGUUCUUACUGGCGAUUAGGGGGCUCUUUAAGAGAUGAAGAUGCUGUGGAUUGUCGGGAUAAAAUGGACCCAGUUGUAUGGUGGGAGAAUUUUGGUUUUGAAACACCCCACUUGCAGACUCUAGCAACAAAAGUUUUAAGUCAGGUUUCAAGUGUUACAAUGUGUCAAGAGAUAUGUCAAGAUAAUGGCUUUCCUUAUCGAGAGACUGCCAAUAGAUUUGGGGUAGAGAGACUGGAAGAUCUUGUUUUUGUCCAAAACAACCUCAGAAUUAAUAGCCAAAGAAAUGGGGUGUCAUGCCCCCACUCUGGUUCUAGAAAUGUGAAUUCAUGCUCUCUAUCUGGAAUGAAGACAUUGGAUGUUACUGCCCAUGUUGAUCAACCCAGGGUAACGUUCUCACCCAUAGCCAAAUUGUUGACCCUUAAUGGCUCUCUGCCGCCAGCCUUCUCGACUGCCAAGAAAGAACCUGUUGUGAGCUUCUUACUAGUUUUGGCUUUAACAAAGAAAUUUCAAGGAAGGAGGAGAAGAGAGGCUGCUAAAGGAACUAAGUUUAGGCACUUUAGAACACUCAAGCUUUCCUCUCAACUUUACUAUGUGCCCUCCAUGUGAGUUAUUGUAUUAUUAUUAUUAUUAGAAUAUUUAUUUAAUAUGAAGCAUUUAAUAGUAAAAUAAGAGAUAUAUUUACAAACAGCAAGUAGGAUGAUAUCAAUUAUUUAGCCCUAGCUUCUUCUUCAUCUUUUUUCUUUUUCUUUUUCUUUUUUUUUUUUUUUUUUUUUUUAGAAAGAAAGAAAAGAGCAUAAAUGUUGUCCUACUAGUCACUAUGCCACUAUGGUACUUGUUUUUUUGCUUA